GUAUUCCAUACUUAUAAACACAAACAUCGCUGAAAAGGCACUGAAAUCGGCAGUAACUUAUAGUCAGUGCUAUAAUCGAGUUCAGUGAAUCCUGUGUGUGCGCGCGCGUCGUCGCCCGUGUGUGUGUGCUGUUGUUGCUGCUGUUGCUGCUUUCGCGAGAGAACCGCCAAUGAGUGCUGCUGAUAGUCGUUAUCCUGGCUCGUCGUGCUGCAGGACGUUGGCUAAAUAACUGAUUGUUCUCUCUGUGUAUGUUUCGUGCCUUCGAAAACGCAUUUACAUAACGCACGCAACGUCGUGCAUCGGUGCGUCGUCUCUCGUUCUCGCUGCGUGUUGUGGUGUGUGCGGCGACGAAACCGUGCGGGCCGUGUGUCGUCUAUGUGUACGUGUGUUGUUUUUAUAUUGCACGAUAUAUAUGUACACACAAGAGUGCGCGAGCCGUGACUGAUGUCGUUAGUCGUUGAUCGUGGACGCGGGCGAAUCGAGCCGCUUUAAAAAAAAAAGGAGUCAUUGCGAGCGGCCGCUGUUCUGUGCAUGCAGCGGAAAAAAGUCAUAACGACAACGACGACAACAUCAACAAAAAGGAAACGUCACAGUUGUUGGCGCUGCUCUGCUCACGCUCGCUUUCUGGAGCCGGUGUCGAAGAUGUGUUGCCGCAAGAGUCGAUAGAAAAAGAGUUGGACCAUUCGGGCCCGGUGCUUGUGUCCCCGAAUGCGAUAAUAUAUAUGUGGACUCUGCCAAUUCACCAGUUCCGCGCUGAUACCAGCACAGCACCUCGAGAGGAUUAUUAAAGCCGUGAGAAUAAUUAUCGAGUGUGUUUAUCUUGUCACAUCGGCGUAGCGCCUUCAAGGACGUGUAUUUAUCGUCACGUGUGCUGUUCAAGAUGAAGUGGUCACCUGGAGCUUUAUUCUGCGAACAAGUAGGAGAGCUUACUAGAGUUUUCUCACAAUGGAAUGAAUGCGAACAAACAGUUGUGUUAUAUGCUUUACUAAGAAGAAUACCAGCAGUCCAAGCUCGAUUUUUAGCACAAGCCAUUCAACAUUCACUGCAUUCGGUCUCAGAAUUGGAUUCACAAGAACUGAACGCAAAUAAUCCCACUUUCAUCAAUUCAUUAUUGGGAGAGUCAACAGAAGUAGCUAUUAACCAGUUACUAACUCAUCUUCCUUUACUUCGACCUGGCAAUGUUGAAUGCAAACAGUGUUACUUGUUAGUCAUACCUGAACUCAUCAGUCAUUGUGUGACUACCGGGCAAUAUACAGAACAGACACAACAACUUCUAAGUUACACUCUCAUUCAUCCUGCUACAACUAGUCAAGAUAGACGUACUCUAACUCAAUGGCUCAAACAGCUUGAAGAACGAAUAAGUACCUCCCAACCAAACUACAAUGCUGAAGACUACAACAGCUCUGCUAACCCAAGGUGGGAUUCAACGUGGCAAAAGAAUGUGAAACAAAAUGAUCAAAUGAGCCAACUGUAUGGUGCACAAACUGGGCCAUUUCAGUUCAACUUUCAAUUACCAACUUCGGCUCGUCAGCGACGUUCAAACAGUUUAACACCUCCUGUUGCUUCAUCGCAUCAACAUGAGACGAUUGAUCGUACCAGCGGCACAAAUAUGUCGUCGAGACACAAGACACGUAGCUUUAGCGUAUCUGGAGAUCAUUCCACUCUUGUUGGAUUAGGUCCUCUAAGUCCUCAAAGUUCGUGUGCCAGUAGCGGUAGCGAGAGCCGUUUAGAUGAAGCUUCGACUAGGCCAUUAUCAUCAGGAAUGAGAGAUGUAUUGGCAUGGCUGAAGACGCUACGUUUACACAAGUACAGCUAUUUAUUUACGAACUUGUCUUACGAAGAAAUGCUCGAUUUGACAGAGGAACGCUUGGCUGAUCAAGGUGUUACUAAAGGUGCAAGACACAAGCUAGCACUAUCAAUUGCCAAACUGCAACAGCGUUAUCAAACGUUGCUGAAUUUGGAAAAGGAUCUAGUGCAACCGCAACGCGAAACAAGUCAAGCAGCUUCUUUCACCCAAAAACCAUUGCUUGCCAGUGCGCUAGACGAGCUUAAAGGCAUACUAGCAACACCUUUCAAACCAAGCCAAGAGAACGAUCCUCAAGACAUUCCGACUCAAUUCACUAAAGUUCUCGGCAAACUGUGCAGCCGAUUAGCUUUGGAGAAUGUUGAUGACGCAGUUUUAUGUUCAUGUAUAGCCAUUCUUGAAAAAGUAUCGCAGCAUGACUGCUUUACUGCAAGUCAGAAAGAAAAAGUUCAGCAGUGGAGAAGUCGCCUUGGAAAUCCAAGACCAACACCAAAAUGGCAACAUGGACACGGUUACUUCAACCGAAGAUAUUCAAAUUCACAGCAACACAGUCGAAAGCCAAGUUUGAAUUUACCACAUUUAGGAGGAGCAAAGUCUGUGAAUAAUUUCCUGGUGACGCCGCACAGAAAUAGUAUAUCAACACCAUAUUUACAGUCAAGCUCUACUCAAUCGUCUAAUCAAAGUCUUCAACCAAUGCAAGCUCCUGAAAAAAGACCUAGUCUCCAAGAGACUAGUUUAGAGCAGUUGCAGAGAUCUUUACAUCGCACGUACAGCGCACCAAAAGGCAACUUCCUCGUACAAACGAGCAGCGCAAUUGAGACGACAGAGCCGGAAAUAAAUUCUCGCUUAGAGUCUCUGUGCUUGCGCAUGACUGAACAGGCCAUCGGUGGAUUUGGCGAGGCCUAAAGCUUUAAAAGCUUUUGCCUAUCUUGCUUGCUUACACAGUCGACUUAUACAACAAUUUUACGCAGCAGGUUAGCGCUAUUUUUAUAAUUUUUUGACGACGCCAGCGAAAAGUAUGCAUAAAGAAAGGAGAAGAACAAGAAGAAGAAUUACUAUUUAGGACGACAUAGCGACAAUGCGCAGCAAAUAAAUCUAUUCUCGUGUAAAAUUGUCAAUCACCGGUGACAAAUGUAUUUAAUAAUAGAUUUUGUGUAGUAGAAAAUAAUCCGUAAUUUUUAAUGAGGAUAUUUAUAGUAAAUCAACUCGAGAAAAAUUAAUAAACCGUUUGACAUUUAUAAUAAAAUGUACUACACUUGCAAUGAUAUAUACGAGUAAGGACUGAGUAUCGAUUAAUGAGAAACGUUUCUCUUUUGAUACUUUUUUAUUCUCGAACUAUAAACUUUUUAUCGAUUAAUGCAUGUUUGCAUUUCGCUCGUACAUACUUUUAUUACAUUUGUGCGCUCGAAGUAAUUUGCAUUCAUGAAGUAAAUUCACUUUUCUCAUUAAUCGGUAUUAAACGGAAUGCGAAAUCAAGGCGUCAUAUAUGUAAUGAAAUAAUGAAAUGAUUAUGAAAAAAAAUAUGCAUAAACAAAGAUUUAUAUGCUACGACAUUCUAGACUUAAUGAUGUAAGCCACAAGCCGUAAAAGAUAAAAUAUAGCAUAAGUUAUAUUAUUCAAAACGAAAAACCCAGAAACGUCCAAGAGGAAUUUUCUCGUUCGUUUUAUAUUGAAUGGCUAUAUUAAAAAAAAAUGAAAAACAAAAAAAGAACAGUAAGUAAAUACAACGAGAAAAUUCGCUCUUGCUUAUUUCGCUAAGAUUUUAGUGCUUAUUUCUACGAUGAAAUAAUUUCAUCAAUCGUUAGGACUCCUGGGUAAUUUUUGUCAAAACAAUGCCGAUUGUCUGUCUCUUCGUCGGCAAUUAAGUCCACACAACAAAAUAUAUUCGAUAUAACAUACAAAAAAUAAUUUUUUGGAUCUCAUGUAAGAGCAUAAAAGUACUAAUCGCAAAAAAUAUAGACAAUAAUCCCUCGAGUCCUACGUGCUAUAUUUAAUAAACGUGUUUAAAGCUAUUCAUAUGAGAAUUGACAGAAUUUGGCAAGCCAAAUGCUACUAGAAAGAUAGAUUCUUUCCUUUAGUAUUUACUUAAUCCGUAAUAAUAUUCAUAAAAUAUAUUAUAUACACGAAUAUAUUAUAUAUAUAUACACCUAUUAUUAGACGAUUUUUAAAGUUCAGUUUGAAAUAGGAAUGGAGAAUUGUGUUCGUGAGAGUUUAAGAUGUCCGUAUAGAUUGUCUCUUUUCUUAAAUCUGAGUGUGGGAUGUGUAUGUGUGAAUGAAUGUUGGGUACCAGUGCGAGUGAACGAGGGCAAACCAUGCGAUUAAAUACUUGCAAUAUUGUUUUUGUGUUAUCCAUUUCGGGAAAUGGAAUUAUUCUGAUUUUACGCUCUCCAGCACAUGCUCUUUAAACGUAAUUGUACGAUUUUUCUUUUACUAUUAUUAUCCUUUCUUUUAAAGAGAUUUUUAUGUACAAUGUGACUGAUGAAUCGACAAAAAAUCUUUUCAACUUUUUUUUAAUGUUUAGAAUUUCUUAAUGCCCAGGCAUGUAAAUUAAUUUAAUUGUAACUAUAUUACGAUAAUAUGUAUAUUCCUGCAUUGCUCUAUUGACCAAAAUUCUUUAAUAUCGGAAGAAAUCGACGAGGAAGUAUGAAGGUCUUUUUUGUCAUUCUACAAGGGUUGAGAGGAAGAAGGAUAGUUUGUGACCUCGUUUGCGCGCUCAGCUCUUUUCGAUCAAUUUUGCACGCGCUCGUAAUCCAAUGACUAUAAUAAAAUAUCUUAUAAGGGCUACACGAAUCAAUGUGACCCGAAUACGAAUGACGAUGUAAAUUGUGGUCAUUGUGGAUGGAUAUAUACUUAUUUAUGACACGGUCGCGUGAUCUCAACACGUCAACUGGAGUGGGGAACUUAGUGCAAUGUAUGUAUGUUGGUACUAUUUAGCGCGCGAAAAGACACCAAUUAAUAUUUCGUAUUAUAUUUGUAUUAAGGACUCUUUAUGUUUAAUGAGGAUCUCUGGAAAGGGCUUAGAAAAUAUUCCAAAGCGGGAACUGAAGAAUUUUGAAAGUUACAAAAAUGUGGAUCAUUUUUAUUUCUCUUUUUAAUCAAUGUGUGCGAUAUUUUUUUGUGAUUCUACCAAACGUAAUAAUUAUUUUUUGAUUUAUGUAUUUUUUUAUACUAAAACUCACAAUUCUGGUAAUUGUCGAAAAAAUUACAAAGAAAAACUGUCUAUGCUUUUUAUCGAACUCGCGAUCUAGUUUCUAAGUUGAUAGCUCGAAUAACAUUUUUUAUUGAAAAAUUGCUUUUACGGUUAAUCGUUAGUGAAAUCAAAAUAAGGUGAACUAUUAGAAAAACAUUUAAAACUGCGUUGCACGCAGCUACUUAUCAAUCGUUUGUAUAGACAAUGAACGAAACGAGUACUCGGAAUAGGAUAAUUAAGACCGAGAUGAAAAUAAAAUGUAACGUAUUUACCACUCUGGAAGUUGUGUCGAUCGACUCAAGCUGAGCGCACGAGUGUAGGUCUGUGAUUCAUUACGUAUUGGCGGCUGCUUUAAAGUUUAUGUGUAUUGUACAUGAUAAAUAGAAAAGGUUGCAAUGUACACGUUUAUAUCCUCGUGAUUGUGUAGCCGUCACUGGAGCUUUGUCGAGUAAACUAUAUAUGUAUAUAUAUUAAUGUAUAUUCAUUUAUUAUUUAUAUAUAUCCAUAUAUAUACAUAUAUAUUUAUAAAUGUUGUGUACGUCAAGAAUUAAAUAAUCAUGAUCAAUGUAACAUGAACGUAGGGUGUUUAACAGUCGCAACUUUAAUGCAUUCGUGUACCUAUGCACAGAUUUCGCUCUAUUGAGUCUAAGCAAACAACACAUUUCCAAAAUUUAAUGCGAUCUGACAGAGUUACUUGUUCGAGCUAAUUUAUACACUUUUUGACACUACCCAUUAUGAAGCUGAUGUUAAGCACAUCGAAAUCUGUGUCUUAGAUCCACGCAAAAGCAUAUUCAACAUCUCUGAUACUUUUUUAUAAUGCGAUUUUCAUACAGCGCUUGGAUUAUGAAAUAAAAUAAAAAUAAAAUGUGAAAAUAUUGGGCAAAAUGAAAGAAAAAUUUUAAAGAUAA